UUUAAAAAGAUGCCGAUGUGGCUGCUGAGAUAUUAAAAUCAGUUUCGCCUGAAAGCUCAAGAACAAACUGUUGCAAUGGAACUUUCUAUGCUGGUUUUACUUUGUGCCUUCUGGUCUGUUACAGCAGAAGAAGACGAGAGACUGCCGAAUAAAUGCGAAGUGUGCAAGUUUCUGACGGUGGAGCUGCAGGAUGCGCUGGAGAAGACUGGCCGCUCCAAAGAGGUCCUGGAGGUCGGAGAGGUGCUGGGCACAGGCAAGAGAAGAAGAAAGAUUCAAUACUCCACCUCAGAAACCCGGCUGACUGAGGCGGUGGAUAACAUCUGUGAGCGCAUCCUUCAGUACAAUGUUCAUGCAGAGAGGCCUGGCAGCCUCCGAUAUGCCAAGGGUACCAGUCAGACCAUGUCGACUCUGAAGAACCUGGUCCACAAAGGAGUUAAAGUGGAUUUGGGUCUGCCGUUUGAGCUGUGGGACGAACCCUCUGUCGAGGUGUCUGACAUGAAAAAACAGUGCGAGAUGAUGCUGGAGCAGUACGAGGACGUCGUGGAGGACUGGUACUUCCAUCAUCAGGACCAGAGGCUGGAGAACUUCCUCUGUCAGAACCACGUCCUCGAGACAUCAGAUCAAGAAUGUAUGAAGGAGGCGUGGAAAGGAGACAUGGGGACCAAAAGAAGGGACAAGGAGGCAGAAAGUGACGGCACAGGAGAGGAGGGGACGACGCAUGACGCUGGGGAGCUAUGAGGGAAAUGUCUCCAAAAAGUGGAAAUGCAGACGGCAACAGAAUUACCUCAAUUUUGGCUGCAAACUGCGAAGAAAUUCUGUAUUGUGACACUAUUGUAGCAUUUACAGUCAACCUACAUUUGUAUUAUCAUUCUGGUGCCAAAUCUUGGUUCUCUGUUUUAUGUUUUUAAACUACAUUUCUUCUGUUAUUUGUCUAUGAAUGGUGUCAGCCUUUUCAACAACUGUUGCACCUUUUUAAACACUCACUUUUUGGAUCAAGGUUCAAGGGCUUUUCCAUUCACAGUUGCGGCCCUUACAGUAUUAUACGUGUAAACGCUGUUACAUCUCGCCUUAUGCAAACGAUAUGGUACAUUUCAAUAUGUUUACCGCAAAUUACAGACUUUAAAAUGCAAUAUGUACAGUUUUUCAGUGUGAAUAAAAUUUUGUUUUUCUUUUUUAGAACA